AUGGAGCCUGAACGCACCUCGCCACACAGCGCCGCUGUCAGCAGCGACAUGACAGCGCCCCAGCUGCCAUCCGGGCCCGAUGCCUUGCCUAUUACCGCUUCGGAUGCUCCCUCGAUGCCCAGGCCCAGAGCCCGUGAGCGUCAACAAACACAGAACAGCCUUCUCAUGGAGCUGCUCUCUCGCCGCAUGAGUCGACAAACCCUCCUACAGCAGCAACAAAACCAGUCACGUACCUCUCAGCCGCCUCUCACUCCACAGUCACCACAGCCAUCCAUGUCCUCGUCCUCUCACUCGCUGGUUCACAGCGACUGGAGUGCUUCGAACAGUGUGACCAUGGAAAUCGAUGUCGACGAAUCAUCCAACAACGAUGUUUCGCUACCUUUACCAUCAUCAUCACGUACUCAGAGCAUCCGCCCUUCGCGGCGAUACCUCCCGCUUCCCUACAUUGCUCCAGUUGCCCCUGCGACCAACAUUGAUCCGGACGUCGCCUCCAGAGUAUUGGCUAGAAUGCAGGCCAACACGCAACCUGCACUGGACUCGGUCCCAGUGCCUACGAAUUCACCCUUGGCCCCAGCUAUUGAAAUCGACCCGACUGAGCUGGUAGACGCCGAUGUCGAGGCUGAUGAGGGCUAUGGCGAAGGGCCCGAAGAAGAGUUUUCAUGGCUCGGCGAGAAGCCUUCCAGUGGCCUUACCGGAGCCCUGAGGAAUCAAGGCCUCCUGAGCUUCACCACGUCCGCUGAGGCUGCCUUGCGCUGCCCUAAGCUUGUGCGGAAUGUUCCUCGCAUGCGGAAGAGGACGCAGAAGAAGAAGGAGCACAGACUCCGGGCGUCGAGAGGUACGAACGGCGAGCCGAGCCAAGCGCAGGCACCCACAGCCGGUGCAUGCUAA